UUCUCCUCACGCUUUCUGGCGGUUGCAUCAUUUCGGCGAGGCCAGGGGCGACGGCGGCCGCGGCCACGGGGCCAGAAUGGUUCAGCAAGUGGCAGAAACCAUCAGUUUUCCUGGUGAAGAAGAAAAAACCCUGCAGUUCUGGACAAAGUUUAAUUGUUUUCAGGAAUGCCUAAAGCAGUCAAAAAAUAAACCCAGAUUUACUUUCUAUGAUGGACCUCCAUUUGCUACUGGACUUCCUCAUUACGGCCAUAUACUUGCCGGGACAAUUAAAGACAUAGUUACCAGAUAUGCUCACCAGAGUGGAUUUCAUGUUGACAGAAGAUUUGGAUGGGAUUGUCAUGGUUUACCAGUGGAGUAUGAAAUAGACAAGACUCUUGGAAUCAAAGGACCGGAAGAUGUGGCCAAAAUGGGGAUUGUCGAAUAUAACAAUCAAUGUAGGGCAAUCGUGAUGAGAUAUUCUACUGAAUGGAAGGCCACUGUUACCAGACUUGGCCGCUGGAUUGACUUUGACAAUGACUAUAAAACUCUGUAUCCACAGUUCAUGGAGUCUGUAUGGUGGGUUUUCAAGCAGCUGUAUGAUAAAGGUCUGGUUUACAGAGGUGUGAAAGUUAUGCCCUACUCAACUGCAUGUAGCACUCCGCUCUCUAACUUCGAGUCUCAUCAGAACUACAAGGAUGUUCAAGAUCCUUCAGUAAUUGUAACUUUCCCCUUGGAUGAAGAUGAAAGUGUAUCUUUAAUUGCUUGGACCACGACGCCGUGGACGCUUCCUAGUAAUCUUGCCCUCUGUGUUAAUCCAGAACUACAGUAUGUGAAAGUUAGAGAAAGCGCAACAGGAAAGCUCUAUAUUUUGAUGGAAGCUAGACUGGUGAUACUCUACAAAUCUGAAAGUGAAUAUGAAAUACUUGAAAAGUUUCCUGGCAUUUCUCUCAAAGGCAAGAAAUACAAACCACUGUUUGAAUAUUUUAUUAAGUGCAAAGAUACUGGAGCUUUCACUGUAGUAGUAGAUAACUACGUUAAGGAGGAAGAGGGCACAGGUGUUGUACACCAGGCUCCGUACUUUGGUGCUGAUGACUACAGGGUGUGUAUGGACUUCAACAUUAUUCAGAAAGACUCAGUACCAGUUUGUCCUGUUGAUGCUUCUGGCUGUUUCACAGCAGAUGUGACAGACUUUUCUGGGCAGUAUGUGAAGGAUGCAGAUAAAAAUAUCAUCCGAACUCUGAAGGAGCGAGGCCGACUUGUUCUGGCCAGUACUUUCAAUCACAACUACCCGUUUUGCUGGAGAUCAGACACGCCGCUGAUUUACAAAGCCGUGCCAAGCUGGUUUGUUCGAGUGGAGUGCAUGGUGGAUAAAUUGUUGAAGAAUAACGACCAGUGCUAUUGGGUUCCAGAAUUUGUGAGGGAGAAGCGGUUUGGGAACUGGUUGAAAGAAGCUCGCGACUGGGCAAUUUCCAGAAACAGAUACUGGGGGACGCCCAUUCCACUUUGGGUCAGUGAUGAUUUUGAGGAGGUAGUCUGUGUAGGAUCAGUGGCAGAAUUGGAAGAGCUGACUGGAACGAAGAUUACUGAUCUCCAUAGGGAAAGCAUCGAUCACCUCACCAUUCCUUCCCGUGGUGGAAAGGGACCCUUGCGUCGAGUUUCUGAAGUCUUUGACUGUUGGUUUGAGAGCGGAAGCAUGCCUUAUGCACAAGUUCAUUAUCCCUUUGAAAAGAGGAAAGAGUUUGAAGAUGCUUUUCCUGCAGACUUUAUUGCUGAAGGCAUCGACCAGACUAGAGGAUGGUUUUACACUCUCCUGGUGCUAGCCACAGCUUUGUUUGGAAAACCGCCUUUCAAGAAUGUGAUUGUGAAUGGACUUGUGCUAGCCAGUGAUGGUCAAAAAAUGAGCAAACGAAAGAAAAACUAUCCCGAUCCAGUAUCCAUCAUUGUGUCAUAUGGAGCCGAUGCCCUAAGGUUGUACCUCAUAAACUCUCCUGUUGUAAGAGCAGAAAAUCUUCGGUUCAAGGAGGAAGGCGUAAGGGAUGUGCUGAAGGAUGUUUUGCUUCCUUGGUACAACGCAUACCGCUUUCUCAUUCAAAACGUUUUAAGGCUUCAUAAGGAAGAGGAAAGAGAGUUCCUCUACAAUGAGAACACAGUUAAGGAAAGCAGCAACAUUACAGACAGGUGGAUCUUAUCCUUCAUGCAGUCUCUCAUUGGGUUUUUCCAGACUGAAAUGGCAGCUUACAGGCUUUAUACUGUAGUCCCUCGGCUAGUUAAAUUUGUGGAUGUGCUAACCAACUGGUACGUCAGAAUGAAUCGCAGACGGUUAAAGGGUGAAAAUGGGAUUGAGGAUUGUGUUAUGGCCUUAGAAACCUUGUUUAGCGUUCUGUUCUCCAUGUGCCGACUUAUGGCCCCAUAUACGCCUUUCCUCACGGAGCUGAUGUACCAGAAUUUGAAGACUCUCAUUGACCCCGCUUCUAUCCAGGAGAAAGACACGCUUAGUAUUCAUUACCUCAUGCUUCCCCAAGUUAGGGAGGAGCUGAUUGACAAAAAAAUGGAGCGUGCAGUGUCCAGGAUGCAGUCUGUGAUUGAACUGGGGCGGGUGAUCCGAGAGAGGAAAACUAUUCCCGUAAAGUAUCCUCUGAAAGAAGUUGUAGUUAUCCAUCAAGACCCCGAAGCCCUUAAGGAUAUCCAGUCUUUGGAGAAGUAUAUACUUGAGGAGCUAAAUGUGCGGCAAGUGACGGUAUCCACAGACAAAAAUAAAUAUGGGAUUACGCUGAGGGCAGAACCUGAUCACAUGGUCCUUGGGAAGCGCUUGAAGGGAGCUUUUAAAACAGUGAUGGCCUCUAUCAAGGAACUGAAAAGUGAACAGUUGGAGGAAUUCCAAAAGAAUGGCACCAUUGUAGUGGCAGGGCAUGAGCUCCAUGAAGAAGAUAUUUGCCUAAAGUACACCUUCAGUCAGAUCACCGGAGGACCUUCCCAAUAUGAAGCCCAUUCUGAUGCUCAGAUUUUGGUUCUCUUGGAUGUUACUCCAGAUCAAUCAAUGGUUGAUGAAGGAAUGGCCCGAGAGGUGAUAAAUCGCAUCCAGAAACUUCGAAAGAAGUGUAAUCUAGUUCCCACAGACGACAUUACUGUGUACUGCAAGUCACAACCUGAAGGAGGGCAUUUGGAUUCUGUUAUCAAAAGUCACACAGAUUUUAUUUUUGCAACAAUAAAGGCUCCCUUAAAGCCGUACCCAGUGCCUACCUCAAGUGAAGUGCUUAUUCGAGAAAUGACCCAGUUGAAGGGAUCUGAUCUGGAGAUUACAAUUACCAGUGGAACAUCUAAUGCCGGUCCUGCUUGUGCCUAUGUUAAUCUUAACAUCUGUGUUAAUGGUACCGAGCAAGGGGGAGUGUUGCUCCUGGAAAAUCCAAAAGGAGACAACAGGCUAGACCUCCUGAAACUGAAGAGUGCUGUCACCCACAUUUUCAAUCUUAAAAAUACCAAGCUGGCCAUUUUCAAUGGAAAAACAGAAGUACUAAAUAAAACUGAUCUUCUGGCCUUGCGUGGAAAGACACUGUGCGUGACAUCUGGGUCAGUCCCAUCUGCAGUUAACGGUCCUGCAGCCCUUCUCUGCAAUUAUAUCAAUUUACAGCUACUGAACGUGAAGCCACAAGAGUGUCUGAAUGGAGUGGUAGGCACACUUCUCCUGGAAAACCCGGUCGGCCAGAAUGGACUUACUUAUCCAGGUCUUCUACACGAAGCAGCGAAAGUGUUUGGGCUCAGGAGCAGAAGGCUAAAACUCUAUCUGAAUGACGCUCAAACCCAAGAGAUUACAAAAGAAACAUGUAUGAAGUCGUUGAAUAUGAAGACCGUAUAUAUUCAUGUUUCUCCAACUACGGCCGAAUGCUGAGUAUUUCUUUCAAGUAUGGCUGUGUGGACUCUUCGUCCCGCUCAGCCCUCCUCCACACUGGCCCCCGGAAGAUCUUUUUGACCAUUACUUGCAUGUGUAACACUCUGAAUUUGGGUUCAAAGUCAAUUAUUUUCAUUCACAUACUGUGUGGGAAAAGCCGUUUUGAGUUACACCCACUCUUGAUCCUAGAUAUCUAUGCAGUAAUUUGCUGACAGAAAUUGGAUCGGUACCUCAGAGAUGCAAUCUUCUGCCAAUCCUUUUAUGCAAAGGUCAUUUCUAGUCCUCAAGAUUUCACCUUAAAUAUAACAUACGGUGUAGGCCAAAUACCUUUGAAAUUCAUUAGAGAGUGGUGUGAUUUUUUUGCGUGUAUGCUAACUGGAUUUACGUAGGAAUGUGGAUUAUUAUUUCCGUAUCCAGAAACCAAAACAAUAAACUAGAGUUCACGCAAUAAAU